AAACAUUGUUAACUGAGAGCUCAUCGCUUCUCAUCUGAUCGGUUUUCAAAAGCUAAAGCUUACUACUCCUCCCAUAUACAACCUUCAUCUUUGAUCUCUACGGAUUCUCCAGCUUAUACCUUACAGCUUAUAGCUUAUAUAUAUAUAUAUAUAUAUUUAAGUAUGGGGAGAGCUCCAUGCUGUGAGAAGAUGGGGUUGAAGAAAGGUCCAUGGACUCCAGAAGAAGAUCAAAUCUUGAUUAAUUACAUUCGGCUUUACGGUCACAGCAACUGGAGAGCGCUUCCCAAACAAGCAGGUUUGUUGAGGUGUGGGAAGAGUUGCAGGCUGCGAUGGACGAAUUACUUGAGACCAGAUAUUAAACGAGGGAAUUUCACCAGAGAAGAAGAAGAUACAAUCAUUGAGCUUCAUCAAAGGCUUGGAAAUAGAUGGUCAGCAAUUGCAGCAAGAUUACCAGGACGCACAGACAACGAAAUAAAAAAUGUAUGGCACACCCACUUGAAGAAGAGGCUGAAUCAAACCCAUUCCAACUACCAUUCUCACAAGCCAUCAUCAUCGUUAUCAACUUUCAAUAAGCAAGACAAAAUUGGCACCAAGAGAAAAGAUGAAGAUGAUCGUCGACAGCAAUCUACGAUUAGCGUCGUGAUACCAGAUUAUGUUUAUUCGCCUCAACAAUCUAACAGCGACGACAUAUCAACACUGACCACCACUACAACAAACACAUCAACGAGCGAUGAUGACAACACUAAGUUGGAUGAUAGCUUCUGGUCAGAAGUGCUUUCUGCAGACCAUUCAACCAUGGCGAUUGAUCAUGGUUUAAACGAUCAACUCCAUUUAUCAUCCUCUCCAUCGCCUGCAGUUUAUUUUGAUAAUUCAAUGACACCUUUAUAUGAUAACAUGGAUUUUUGGUUCAACCUUUUAACUAGACCUGGAGAACUAACAGACUUGUUAGAGAUUUAAUAAAGUUGAUUUUUUUUUUUCCUUGAGUUUUCAAGUUCAUAAUCGAUGUGAAUUGCUGCUAGCUCUCCAAUUUUAAAUCAUUAAUAUAUGGAAGUUGGCUUGAGCUUGUGUUAA